AACCUCAGCUAUUAUAUGAACUGAAUUCUAUUUCAAUUCUUUACAACUGAUACAGCUGAUUCCCUAAAACCGUUUUUAUUUUGCACACUGCAAAGGUUUCAUUUUGUGGUUGUUGUUUUUUGUUGUUUUGUUCUCCUGGUUUAAUCCAUGUCAUAUUUAUGUAGCUGCCUGUGUAAGUAUUUAAAAUAAAUUGUAAGUAGUGGGUUAAAGGUUUAAUGCAUAAUUUCAAUGCGUCUUUGUAGUAAAGAAAUUACUUUUUUAAAUUAAUAAUCCUUUUAGGUAGAUAUCUAGUAUAAGUUUCUAAAGAGGGAUGUACACAGAAAGCAAAGAUUUAUAGCUAGCCUGAACUCGUUAAAUAUAAUACUGCUACAAUAUGGCGCCAAGUUGUUGUUGUCAAUUAAGUCAAAGGACUUCAUUUAUUUCUAUGAUUGGUCUUACCACCAUUUUCUUUCUUGUUGAAAUUAUUGUUGGGUAUAUCACCAAGUCAAUGGCAUUAGUUGCAGAUUCAUUUCACAUGUUGUCUGAUGUGGUUUCACUACUAGUUGGAUAUAUUGCACUACGAUAUUCUAAAAAGAGGCAACAAACAGGACGAUAUACAUUUGGUUGGGCACGGGCUGAAGUACUUGGUGCAUUAGUAAAUGCUGUAUUUUUGGCAGCACUUUGUUUUUCUAUUUUUGUUGAAGCACUCAAAAGAAUGAUUUUACCAGAGGAAAUUGAAGAUGCUCGGUUAGUUUUGAUAACAGGAGGCAUUGGUUUAUUAGUUAAUUUGAUUGGUCUAUUCCUAUUUCACCAACAUGGUCACAGUCAUGGUGGACAUGGUCACAGUCAUGGCGGACAUGGACAUAGUCAUGGUGGAGAUAGACAUAGCCAUGUUGGACAUGGACAUAGCCACGGACAUAGUCAUGCAGAUGGUCAAAAUAAUAAAAAGAAAAAGGAGAAAGAUAUGGAGAAAGAGAACACAAAUGAGUCUCCAUUAUUACAAUCUUCAAAUUUAGAAUUAGAAACUAUUGACUUACACACAGAGCCAGUUGAAAUGCAUGUAGAGGUUAAUGUAGAUGGCCAAGAAAGUGUUGAUGCCAUUCAAUCUGGAAGUUCCUCCCAACUGAACAUCCGUGGUGUAUAUCUUCAUGUGUUGGGAGAUGCACUUGGUUCAGUUAUUGUGAUGAUUAGUGCUCUAAUAAUCCUCUUUGAAGAUGGAAGAUGGGUUUUAUAUGUUGAUCCUGCGAUGAGUAUUUUAUUGGUUUUGAUCAUAUUAAAGACAUCUGUACCUUUACUGAAAGAGUCAGCAAUGAUUCUGAUGCAAACAGUACCAACUCAUAUCAAGAUACAAGAAAUACAAGAGCGCUUAGUGGAAAGGAUUCCAGGUGUUUUAGGUGUACAUGAAUUUCAUAUUUGGCAACUUGCAGGCAACAGAAUAAUUGCGUCUGCUCAUGUUCGUUGCAACACGUUAGCCGACUACAUGGCCAUCGCCAACCAAUUGAAAGAAUUUUUCCACAACGAAGGUAUCCAUUCUACGACAAUCCAGCCGGAAUUUUCAGCAUGUUCUGAGAGUUUAGCAGGCUCCACCGAAAAGCUGAUAGAUGCUUGUGUGUUGGAAUGUGAUGAGAAUUGUGCUGAAAGAACGUGCUGUGGUAACACCAGUGCUGGAGAGUCGGCACGUGAUGCCAACAAAAAAGAAUCUCGUUUGGUUGAAACUGAAACCGAAACAGAGCAACCAAAUGGUGUUACUAUAGCAUAAGGCAAUGAAGAAUAGUUUAAGCACUAUGGAUUUAUAGGACAAGCUGACGAAAUGACAGUCCUUGUAUUAUAUAGCUGGCCGAGAGCUUUUCAUAAUCCUGUUACUUUGUUUUCGCCUAGUUGCAAUGUUUAAUGAUUAUUCUUAUGUCAAGUUAGAAUAUUAACUUAAAAAGCAACCCGAAUUUUUGAAAAGCAACCCGAAUUUGUUUUUUUAAAAAGCUGGUUUUACCUUCUUUUUUUUAGAUUUUUAGUUUGUUACUGUUUCGUUCUAUUUUUAAUGUUUUAAAAGACGUGCAUGGUAUCCACAAGUUCAGGGAGGAAAGAAAUUGUGUAUAUGUAGCUAGAUUGUGGAGAGAACACCAUCAGAAAAAAAACAGCCAUUGGAUUUUUUAAAUAAUGUUUUAAUUAUUGCAAGAAAUAUCGAUCAUCUACUCUUAUAUAAGUGCACUUUGUUGCUAAUUUACUAGUCUAGUAGUAGUAGUACUUCGAAUUUUUCAAACUCUGAUCAGAAACUUGUAGUUAGUAUUACAUUGCUGUUUUAUUCUAUAACGAUUUUUCUUUGGAUAAUGACUUUCCAUGGUUACACAAACGAAAUGUAACACCAAAAUCUGUUGUGUUGUGUUCAAUUUGUUGACGUUUUUUCCGCCUUACAAUUCGAUUUGAAGGAUUAAAGACAAAGAACUUUCUUUGUUGUUAAUAAUAAUCAACAUGAGUUUCUACCAUUUUUAAGUGACAAAAAUUACCUUUACACCAUUUCUCCUGAGAGCUUUAAUGAUGAGCUAUAAUUGCAGGAUUACUACACGCUUUUUUUUCUUUUUAAUCUGUACUUAAGUACAAAAUAGUUUCUCAUAGUUUCUAAAGGCUCUCAUGAGGAACAACAUUUGAAACACGUAUACCAUUCUCGUGAAAACAAAAACAUUCUCAUUCUUUCCUUUGUUGCGACUUUGUGAUGCAAUAGAUCAUGUUUCACUUCAUGUAUCUCUUACACAUCAAGCUAGGGCCAGGAUGACGCGCUAAAAAGUUCACCCGUGUUACUUACGUCAGCAUUAUAGUUUGUAUUUAUUUGGAAUAUGUCACACUAUGUGUAAUGCUUUUAUUGAUUGCUUUUCGUGCUAAUUUAUUGUAUCUAAUAUAUAUAUGAAUUAAUGUUGUAUGGUAUAACCGAAUUUCUUGAAGAAUGUAUAGUACACAGUCA